GAAGCUCUCCGCCGCGGACCGCGCGGAGCGCGCGGACGUCGCGAAGCGCCUGGUCUUGGCGACGGACUGUCUGGUCGACGCGCGGCUCCGCCACGGCGUCUUCGCGGUCGUGAAGCGCUACGAGCUCGCGGUCGCGCUGCGGCCCGACUGGGCCCGGGCCUACGUGAGCUGCGGCCGCUACUUCGACGUCCUGCUCGCGUCGCGGCGCCAGCAGACGUCGAGCGACGACGACGAUGAUGCUGGUGAUGAUGGUGGCGACGUGUUGGCGCACGAGUACGCCAAGGCGGCGAUGACGUGGUACGCGCGGGGCCUCGAGCAGGGCGCCAAGGAGGCGCCGUCGGCGCUGCCGCGCCUCGUGACGCUCUGGUUCGAGUUCGGGUCCGUGUCCGUCGAGAAGCAGGCGCCCCAGAAGCCCGGCGCGCGGCCGUCGGCCAAGACGGAGCGCGCCAAGGCGCUGGAGCGGCUCAAGCAGGAGAUCUACGACGUCGUCCGCCGCGCGUCGCUGUCCAUCCCCGCGGCGGUCUGGUACACGGUGACGCCCCAGCUCGUGAGCCGCGCGGCGCACCCGAAUCCGUCGCUCAUGCGCGGCGUGUCCGAAUUAUUGGCGAUCAUCCUCCACGCGCACCCGGACGAAGCCGUCUGGGCCGUGACCGGUUUGACGCAAUCUUUAAACCCGGACCGCAAGAAGGUGGGCAGCGAGCUCUUUUCGUUGGCCGCGAAGCGCCUCCAGAAGAGCGACGCCCACGCCCGCGACGCCGCGAAGACGCAGAAGAUGCUCCACGGCGCGAAGCAGCUCUUCGCCGACCUCAUCGCCGUCGCCAAGCACGUGCCGCCGGACUCCGCGGCGACCGUGGACAUGCGGCGCAUCGGGAAGCAGGUCAAGGCCGCGCGGGGCCUACUCGUGCCGACGCGCGCGGCGCUGACGGCGGCGAUCGCGCCGCGCGGCAAGGGCGGCGGGCCCGACUGGCCGCGGUUCCCCGACGACUCGCCGCGCGUCGACAAAUUCCAGGACAACAUCAUCGUCAUGAAGUCGAAGGCGAAGCCGAAGAAGCUGACGCUGGAGGCGUCGAACGGCCGGGUCGUGCGCGUCCUCUGCAAGCGCGAGAAGGACGGCGACCUGCGGAAGGACGCGCGCGUCAACGACUUCAACGACGUCGUGAACCGGCUGCUCGACGCGGACGACGAGGCGCGGCGACGGAAGCUGCACCUGCGGACCUUCGCCGUCGUCAUUCUGGAUGAGGAGUGCGGUCUGAUGGAGUGGGUGAACCGGACGCACGGUUUACGGUUCAUCGUGCUGGGCCAGUACGAGCCCUGCUUCAGCCGCUGGUUCGCGCACCGCUUCGGCGACGAGCCGGCCGCGUGGCUCGGCGCGCGCGCGACGUUCGCGCGGUCCAGCGCGAUCUGGUCCGCCGUGGGCCACGUGCUGGGCUUGGGCGACCGCCACGGCGAGAACAUCAUGGUCGACAUCGACCGCGGCGAGCAGGUCCACGUCGACUUCGACUGCAUCUUCGACAAGGGCACGCGGCUCAAGACGCCGGAGAUCGUGCCCUUCCGCCUGACGCCCCACAUGGUCGAGGCCUUUGGCGUGACGGGCGUCGAGGGCUGCUUCCGGCGGAGCCUCGAGGUCGGGCUCCACACGCUGCGGCACCACCGCGAGACGCUGCUGAACGUGCUCGAGCCCUUCAUCCGCGACCCGACGGUCGGCUGGAGCCGCACGGGCAAGGCCCAGCGCGACGGCGGGCCCGACGAGCCGCCGGACCGGGGUCUGGGCGACCGCAACGGCGCCAAGGCCGCGACCAAGAAGCGCGCGCCGCCGCCGCCGCCGAAGGCGCACGACGACCCGAAGAACAAGCCCGACGAGCUCCCGCUCUCCGUGCCCGGCCAGGUCGAGCGCCUCAUCAAGGAGGCGACCGCGGACACGAACCUCUGCCGCAUGUACAUCGGCUGGACCCCCUUCCUGUGAGAGAGAGACCCCUCUCUUAAUGUUGUUGUGCCU